AUGUUUUAUUCAACCAAUCAGCGUUCUUCGAUCUCUUCUUUUACGCGUACGUGAAUACCAUGUAAAUAAAGGCACACAGAAGUUGAAGUUAUUCAGAAGUUAGUGUCUUCCAGCACUUUACACGCGAUAAUUGUUUGACCCGAGAUUUUAGAAAUGAUUUAAGUUGGAUAUUAAAAUUAAAAAUCUUCAAGAGAUAUAUAUGUAUGUUUUAUCAUUGUAAGAACACAUGUAAAAAGAUUGUGAAAGAUGGGAUUGUUAUCAGUAUUGAAGCAAUCUAAUGUGAUUUAUGUUAUAUUUGGUAUAACUUUUCUUACAUCGGGCCUGAUCAUCAAUUUUUUCCAGUGUCUUUUGUACUUUGGUCUUAGACCUUUUUCCAUAUAUCUUUAUCGCAAGAUUAACUGCUAUCUCUGCUAUUCCUUAUAUUGUCAGUUAGUAUUUGUACCAGAAUGGUGGUCUGAAUUAGACAUUGUACUUUAUAUGAAUAAGGAUGAUGUAGAAAAAUUUAGAAAAAAUCAUAAAUAUAUAUUAAUGAACCAUAGAUAUGAAAUAGAUUGGCUUUGUGGAUGGAUCAUAUGUGAACGUACAGGAGUACUUGGUAAUUGCAAAGCAUAUGUAAAAAAAUCAUUACAGUAUGUUCCAAUAUUAGGGUGGGCAUGGAGAUUUGCUGGAUAUAUAUUUAUGGAAAGAAAUUGGGAAAAAGAUAAAGAAGUAAUCACCUCUCAAAUUAAAGAGCUUGUAAAUUACCCAGAUAGUAUAUCGUUGCUUUUAUGUGCCGAGGGAACACGAUUUACAACAGAAAAACUAGAAGCCAGUCAAAAAUUCGCCCAAAAAGCGAAUCUUCCAAUAUUAAAUUAUCACUUAACACCUCGAACGAAGGGUUUUGUAGCAAGUUUACCGCAUAUGCGGGGCAAAAUUUCUGACAUUUAUGACAUGCAACUGCAGUUUAAGUCAGAUGAUCCUGUAAAACCAACAUUAACAAACUUACUGCAGGGAAAACGGAUCACUGCGUACAUAUGUCUUUUCAGGAUACCGUUAGAAGAAGUGCCAGAAGACGAGAAAGGUGCUGAAGAAUGGUUACAUAAACAUUAUGAGAAAAAAGAUCGUAUGGCAGAAAGUUUUGAACAAACAGGUGAUUUCUUUGAACUUAGUGGGGUACCCAAAUUAGAAAAGAUUACAUUAAAAAGAAGAUAUAAUUCACUCGUUAAUAUAAUUUUCUGGGCAGUGGUAGUGAAUGCACCAAUUCUUUAUUAUUUGAUUAUUAUUCUCUUGUCUGGAUCGAUAAUUUAUUUCUCGAUAGGAGCGAGUAGUAUCUUCUUAAUUUGUUUACUUUUGCAAAGAAUGAUCGGAAUGUCCAAAAUAAGUAAGAGUUCAUCAUACGGGACUGAUGAUAAGAAAUUGAAGUAAGAUAGAAAUGGGAAAAUAAUAAAAGGAAUACAGUAUGAAAAAAUACAGAAUGAAUACAGAAAAAUUGACGUUGAAGUUAGAUGAGCGUUUGCAAAUUAUGUUCAUCUCGUGAUGUAUUCCACGAGACCAUUUAUGUAAAAAUCUAUAUGAAACAUGCACAGAAGCUUGUGAAAAUGUGAUAUGAGCUGUACAUUGUUGAUUGUACUUUUAGUUGCACUGAUUGGUUGUAAUGAAUAACAUUUCCAGAAGUAGAUAUAUUAAUAUCUUGAGGAAUUAAUUUUUAUGUUCAAAAAUAUUUGAAUAUUUUAAAAAAAUUAGAAGUUUUUGUUAUAAUAAUUAAAUGAGGUUAAUUAUGUUCUUUUGUGCUAAUGUUUUAAUGUUAUAGAAUCUCAUUUUUUAAAUUAAAAGUUUAAUAAAGGGUUGAAGACGU